AUGCUCAAGCGCCGCACGACGUUCAUCAAGCCUGCCCUGACACCAGAAAAUAAGCUACAGCGUAUGGAGCAUGAUUUAUCGUUUAUCGAUGACACGACCAAUGCAUUCGAGCCUAUGCGCAACACGGUCCAUGUUGAUGAGAAAUGGUUCUAUGCAGACCGUGACAAACGUACGUACCUGAUUCGAUGA